GAGAUGUCACUUUGCGUAGGCUUAAAGCUCGCACCGGAUAUCUAGUGUUUACAUAUGUCUAUGAUAAAGAGGAGGUGGAAAAGGACGACGACAACAGCGGAAGUAUUCGGGGAGAUUGUCCUUAACGACGACUAAACAAAGCAUGGAGGUCGCGGUUGCUAUGAUUUGGUUUGCCUUCUGCUGCGUGUACAUGGGUUUAUUCUCUGCAGUGGUAGCCUCAAAGGAGAACUUCACGGGUUACGACGUGAAUUUGACAGCAAUUACUAACCGGAAUUUGUCACACGACGAGUCUCUGGAUAAUUCAGCGUUUGCUUUGCCUCAGACCACUGACGUCGACUCUUUCACUUCAAACUCAAGUUAUAAAGUUACCGAAGUACCGAAUCGACAACUAUUUAAUAUUGAGGUCCUCCAGCCUGUCUCCGGUCAUCUACUGACUCCCACGAUUGACGUUGGCAAUCUGUGUUCCUGUGACGAGCUCGAGGAUCUCUGUGACAUCAACUGCUGCUGCGACAAAGAAUGUAGUCAGGAACUGGCUUUAUUCACUGGCUGCACAAUGCUCACCCUCAGUGGCAACAAGCAGUUGUGCAGCCAUGCGACAGCAUCAUAUGCUUUGCAGUAUACUGUAGAGGGGUACUCACAGUUGCAGUCCUUUGUCCAGCAAGAGAUGUACCAUCAUAGUUUCUGCAUUCAGUCACAUAAUCGUCUUGGUGGAUUUCAUUUUCCUGCCCCCACUCUUCCACUGGCCAGGAAUUUUGACUCGCUUUUCAGCCAAUUUAAUAAGUUUGCUUUCAGCUCACUGGAGAAUAAUGACAUGUCUACAUCUAUUCUUGCUGAGCUUCACAAAUUUUAUCAGUAUGGAGAUGCAAUCAUGUCUGCUAAAGAAAAUGGAAAAAGAGGAUUUUUAUACCUGCCGUCUUCCGGUAUUUCUGUUGACUGUGUUGACCAGAGUCCUGUUGCCUUCCUAGUGGACAGGCAAAGUCGAUGUUCUCGUCGUGUGGAUCUGAAAGAGGACUGCAGCUCUCGACCAAGCAUAAGCAUAGAUACCUACACAAAUAUCAACCUCUAUGCAGGAAGGAAUGGAGGUGCCACUGUUGUUCCCGUGGAGAUGGCUUCACUUGUUUUGCAGUCUUUGGAUGGCACUCAAAAUGAAGUCAUUAUCGAUGAAGAGGAAAACAUGCAGCCCUCUCUCCUUAAUCAAAAAGUCUGCAUAAAUGUUGUGUUGAAGGUUGCAUAUUUUGUGAAGUACAACAAGGCAGGCCAAAUAGUCAAUACUACAGUGCAUCUGUUGCUUGGGAAUUUUCAUAUAACACCAUUUAGCCUGGAGCAGGAAUUCUCUGUCAAAUUCAUUCAGGAGAUUAAGAAUGCGCCAUUCCAGAACAGUGGAAAUCCAGGUCAUAUCGUCGGGCUUCCUAUUUUGUCCGGGCAAGAAAUUGCUGAAUAUCCUUUAUUUACGAAUGGAAUGGUGUUAAACGUCAACCCUGAAGACACACUGUCUCUUCUCCAGAGUUCUGCAAAUCACGACUGUAUGAACAGUCUUCAUAAUCGUUCUCCUGUGUUGUUUGGUGCGGACUCAAUAUCUGGGUGCACAUUAAGACUGGAAGAUGUAGCCAACUGCUCUCUUGUUUCCCACAUCAUUCUUGAUGUUCUGCGAGGACAAACCAGCCGCCAAUAUGUUGCUACUUUUGGAAACUCUGCAUUACAAAAUCCCCUUGACUGGGUGCCCAUCAAGCACAACUAUAAUCACAGGGAUUCACAGAUUUGUAGUAUCCCGUUAUCACUUCAUUUACAGAUUGAAUGGACCAAAUAUGGAUUCUUGUGGAAUCCCCAAACUCAGAUUGUGAGUGUCGAGGAAGUUAUCCAAACCAAUGCCACCAUCUUGGUAUGUAAUACAGUGAACAUGUAGGUUAAUAUACACUUAAAGGGGAUUUGCAUUCAUUGACAAACCAUAAACACCAAGAAAAGACUCGUUAAUUGAAAGAAUUAAAUCUGUCAGCAUCCUCCUACUUGGCACUAAUUGGAUUGCGAACAUAAUUAAUAGUUUGAUAAUAGAUAAUAGUUUGGAUUAUCAAAAUCUAGACUUAUUCUGUGAUUUUGGGGACAUAUCAUUUAAGUUUUACACUUCAUCAAGAAACAAAAUAUGCAUUCCUAAUGAACUCUUCUGUAUCUUUCAUAGGCUAGCGAUGCACUCUCAAUUCAAAGUUCGGUGAGCUUCAAAGAAAUUUCUGCUGCUGCCCUUUCUGGAUACAGAGCUACACCGACUAUCAAUGCCAAGCUGCCUAUUGACUUCUUUUUUCCAUUUGUUUGAUUCAGCAACUAACAGACUGUGAACAUCCACCAAAAUUGUAAUUAUGAUUAACACAGAGAGCAAAGAAUCGAUUGGAUGAAGCAAUAAAGUGUUUAAGUAGUAAAGUAAAAUAUUUGGAUUAUUGAAAUCAUGAACUGAGAAGAUUCAAUUUAGAAAUGAUACAUGGAUUUAUGCAAAAAAAAAAAAUGUUGCAUGAUAUGAACUCAUUUAAAUUCAUUAUCAAUCAGAAGUCUAUGCCAUGCCUCUUGAGAAGUGUCUGAAGCUUUUCGUUGUCUUGUUGCUAGGACAGAUGAGACAGCAAAGUUAAUUUCAUGUUUCAGUCAUCAGGUACCAAUCAAUUCAUGUAGCAAUUCAUAUCUAUAAAUGACUUAAUUAUGACAUGCGCUGGAUGUAUCUUUUUUUAAAUUAAUUUUAUUUUUGCUAAUAACCACAGACUGUAUUGUUAGACUGUAUACUGCAGGCAACCAGCAACUACACUGCUUAAGUUAACAUUGUUGCACUUACCGACAUGGACAUAGAGUGGAAACCCAAAAGUUGACCGCCUCAGUACUCGACAUAUUCGAUUUAGGACGCAAAACGUCGGGAAAUCUAUGACUCGGUUCUUGGACUAAGCCUCGGAAACCGAUGUUAGUUGGAGUUGUUUUUUUAGCAGGUUUUAAACCAGUGGGACACCCGACCGUAAUAAAAUUUUACAGACACCA